UCCCCCCAUCUCUGCCUCCACUCACCAUCACAGGUCACUCAGGAAGCCAGGGCGUCAGGCAUGAGCCGGUGAACAUCACGACAAAGCUCGCAGGCAGACAGCUAGGUCCAGCCAGAGAGCCCCACUUCUCCCAGACCUGCCCCCAACACCAGACCCCAGCUGCAGGUCUCUUUUUUCCGAACACUGUGACCUCCCGCAAGGAACCCUGCUCCUGGAUCCUGCCCCUCACCCGGUGUGGUCUGGUGGUCCCCUGGCUGGGACAGGGAUGGACGCAUGGAGGAUUUGGUCCGUGUCUCCAGCAGAGACCCAGACGUCACUCUUGGAGUUUUCCUCUGGACCAUGCACACCCGUUUGAGCAGGAGGGGCCCGUGUGGCUGCUGUGCCAGAGCCCAGAGCGGCAACAGUUGUGAGAGGAUUAUGAACUGUCAUGGAAGGAGGACCCACCAGCCGUCACUGGGCGGGCUCUCCACUGCCUGGAGCAGGAGCCGGAGCCAGGAGCACCACGGGACUUUGUAGGACUGCUGCCGCUCAAGUGCAGAAGGCAGAUCCCAGUAGGCCCAAAGAAAGCCCCACUGAUGAAAAGGCUAAGGCCAAAAGCCUGACCCGAGAACCAUCGGGGGUCCCCAGGGGGGAACAUGGGUGCCUCCAGGCUCUACACGUUGGUACUAGUGCUGCAGCCUCCACGAGUUCUCCUGGGCAUGAAGAAACGAGGCUUCGGGGCCGGCCGCUGGAAUGGCUUCGGGGGCAAAGUUCAAGAAGGAGAGAGCAUCGAGGACGGAGCCAAGAGGGAGCUGCAGGAGGAAUGCGGUCUGAAGACGGACACGCUCCACAAGGCGGGCCGGAUCAUGUUCGAGUUCGAGGGCGAGCCUGAGCUGAUGGACGUGCACGUCUUCUGCACAGACAGCGUCCAGGGGACGCCCGCGGAGAGUGACGAAAUGCGGCCCAAGUGGUUCCAGCUGGACCAGAUCCCCUUCAGUGACAUGUGGCCCGAUGACAGCUACUGGCUUCCCCUCCUGCUUCAGAACAAGAAAUUUCAUGGGGCCUGCACACAGCCAGCCCAGGCCUGUGCCCAGGAAGCCGGCUGUCUGUGGCCCCCACACCAGGGCCAGGUUGGAGGGCCAGGCGCCGAUGUGAGGACCACAGAGCAGGCUAGAUGAUGCAGCAACCUCACUCCCCACCUCUCCUAAAAGGGCAAACGGGAACAGUCAUGGCCCAGGCUUAAAACCCUGCUCUAAUGCAUCAGAAACUGUCCCCUCCCUCACCCUAAGGGAUAGGCCAUCUUGUCCAGAUUUCUGACGAGGAAAAAGGCAGCACUUGCUUAUAUGGAGAACCCACUUUACCCACUUUUAUAAAUGGGUUUAAUAAUGGUUAUUCAUGUGCUUAUUGAUAAAUAUCUCAGAACACAGAC